AUGGUCGAACGCCAUGGAUCGGAAGGGUAUGUACCUCAGAUCUGCCCUGACCACGAAAAGCGUCAGGCAAACUCCGCGGCCAACUCCAAGGUCUACCGAUGUCCCAUGCCGUCAACGCUUUCUUAUAUCGGCCCGGGUCAACUGCAUUGUUACGAUGCCCGUGCGGCGAGAAGGCAAAAAGCGCAGUGCGACACUGGUAGGAUACCAAGGGAGCUUACCAAGCACAUCAAUUACCAACUACCUGCCAUGCACGCUACUAUCGCUCUACUUCCGCUGCUUGCCUUCGCGAUGGGCAUCGCUGCAGCUCCAGCACCCCUGUAUCCCGUUGCCCGGGCCGUACCAGACAUCAACGAAGUCGCCCGAAACCCGGCUCCCAUCGAUCAUCAUGUCGGUUGGGACGACCAUGGCAAACCGACACUCGGAGAUAUCAGCCACCUCAGUCCAGAGGACAUCAAGAAGCUCAAAGACCUCAUCAAGCAUCUACUUGGUAGCAGUCACUCUGCAUAG